AUGAGAAGGCUGUACGCCCCGGCAUCGCCAGUUGAAAAGUGUGCGUGUUCUCUCCCAACACGAAGGGAAAUAUCAUGUUUGGAAACCGGAAAAUCCGAGAAAAAUCAAGCGCGUUGUGUCACACGUGCGUGGAGCUUGUGUCAGGACCUGCUACCACCCGGCCAUAUACUUGACCGUCACCUCAAACAGAUGGCUUCGAAAAGGAAAAAGUUAUCCAGAGAAGAAAUAUUACAGAAAAAGAGGGAAGCUGAACGUUUGAGGUACCAACGAAAAAAGAAUGACCCGCAAAUGAGGGAAGAAAUGCGAAUAAAGGAGAAGUUGAAAUAUGAAAGAAAAAAGGAAAAAGGCUUGAGAAAAUUAGCCAAAGACAUGACUUCACGUGAACAUAGGGCUGCCUUAAAAAAGUGGAGGGAGCAUUGUGCUGCUUACCGGGCCAAACAAAAGGAUGCGACAGUGGCUCUCAAUACACCACGUGGAAACAUGCUUUCAUCUGAUCAAGGGAGCCCUUGUUCAUCUGCAGGAUGCAACACUUCAGUUUCCAUUGACUUUCCUAGUAACCAGAUCCCUACGGUAACGGCUAUCAAUUCACAUCGAAGAAGGCAAGCCAAAAAGCGGAGAGAAAAAGUGAAUAAGGAAAAGGAUGAGAAGAUAGAAGCUCUAAAGAAAAAAGUAGAUAAAUAUAGGAAAAUAAUAACAAGAUUACAAAAUAGAAGUAAGAAAAAUAAAGCAGACACAACCAACACUAAAAUGCAGAAGAUGUUGAAUGAACCUGGAGGUAGAAAAGAAGUGGUUAAGAAAGCGUUGUUUAGCGACGUUUUAAAUGAACAACUCAAAGAAAAUUAUUCAAAUUUAAAAUGUAUUAAAGAUAAACAAAUAUUUACGAAAGUCUUGUCUGGAGUUCGAUUACAAAAGUACAGGCGGUGUAUACCCAGAGACUGUGGUGUUUUGUAUAGAGGUGUUCAGAGUACAAAACGUUACAAUACUUUGAUUAGUUAUCAAACAUUCUGUCGGUUGCGUCCAUUUUGGGUAGUAAGACCAAGUACACAAAAUCGUGACACAUGCUUGUGCGUAACUCACAGUAAUUUGGACAUGAAGUUGCGGGCUCUAUAUGAUGCAAAGAUAAUUGCCUACAACAACUACCAGAAGUUACUGGAACAGCUAUGUUGUGACCGGUAUAAUGAAAACUGCUUAUCAAGAAGAUGCCUUCUUUGCAAAAAUAGACUUCCUAAAUAUAAAGAAUUCAACGAUAAGAGAAUCAUAAAAUAUAAGAUGUGGGUCCAAGAAAAACAAGAAAUCAUAGAUUUAAAGACGAAAAAGCCAAAGAUAGUGACAAAACACCUGAAAAUGGUGUACAAUGGACAUCCCCGUCAAAUAAUAUCACAAUUACAUACAGAUUUAGAAAAAUUCUUUGUACAUCAAUACAGUGCUAUAAAUCAUUUAAAACAAAAUCUACAAGACGACGACGUCCUUAUUCAUAUCGACUUCAGCGAAAAUUAUUACACAAAGUAUGCCGAAGAGAUACAAGCAUUUCAUUUCGGUGGAUCUAGAGCGCAAUUGAGCCUGCAUACAGUAGUAGUUUAUUUAAAAGGUACAAUACAUUCCUACUGCACGAUAUCAGAUAACAUGGCCCACUCACCUGCUGCUAUUUGGGUACAUCUAGGACCCAUUUUUCAAUCACUUCCAUGUGGCAUAAAGCAUGUACAUUUCUUGAGCGAUGGCCCCGUUACGCAAUACCGUAACAAAACAAUGUUCUUUAUGAUGGCAACCAAACUACCGCAAGAUAUUCCAGGUAUAGAACAAUUCACCUGGAACUAUACCGAGAGUGGGCUUGGGAAAGGUGCACCAGAUGGAGUUGGUGCAACCUAUAAAAGAACUGCCGAUUUUGUUGUAAAUGCUGGUGGCGAUAUAAAUAAUAUCGAACAGUUUGUACAAUGUAUCCAAGAAAGAUGCCCAAAUAUAACUUGCAUCACAAUCGACAGUCAAGAUAUUCAGGAAAUGUCCAAUAAACUUCAACAGGAGGCAUUUAAGCAGAAGGGCUUCAAAGGCACGUUAAAUGUGCAAGUGCAGGGGUCUUUUCUAGCUCCAUUUCUGACCUCCCAGCAAACUGUAUAA